AUGAUAUCUCUCCUCCAGGUGUCGUCAUUCCGGGCAUGCGAUGCUCGCCGAAAAGGUCUUGAUCGGACGCUAUUCGGACAUGUAGCGGUUGUAUUUGUUGACGAAGUGCAACCUUUUCUUACCGGUUGUGUCGCUUUGGACAAUCAGGCUCGAUUUGCUGAAAAAUCUGGAGCGUUGGCCCUGGUUGUGGGCCCGGCAUCACGGAUCCAACGUAAUCGUAAGCCGAUGAAGGUUCGUGCGUCGAAGAUUCCAGUGGUCGUUCUCGACGAUCAGGAGACCCAAAGGCUUCGCCAACAGCUGGCCGAGGCUGGUCAAGGUGCAGCUGUAGCUCACCUGCGGCUCGACUUCAUCGAACCGAAACCACCUCACGUAUUGAAAUUGCAGGUCUUCCGUCCGAGCUUGUUGAAUCUGUCGUUGAUUGGUUUACUGAUAGUUCUGGUUCUGUUCAUCACACUGCUCGUAUUCGUGAAGAUCCGUUGGCGGCCUACGGCUCACAGAGAUCUCUGGCUACGAACAUUAGCUCGAGCUGCAGUGGGUAAAAUGGAAAUUCGAAAAUUCCAAAAGGUACGUGCACAGUCGAACCGUUCCGUUACAGAGUCAUCGCGGCAACGACGGCGACCAUUUGCUCGAUUGCGACGGGUUCGCUCCACAUAUCUACCGGUGUUCGGCUCCUUGACGUCCGUGGCCAAUACGGCUAGUUCUCAGGAGCGCUGUUCGAUCUGUCUCGACGAAUACGCUGAAGGAACAGAGCUUCGGGUGUUAUUCUGUGGCCACGAGUUCCAUCCAAAAUGUGUCGAUCCAUGGUUGUUGUCGAAUCGACGCUGUCCACUCUGUCAGUUUGACGUCGUCUACAAACAAUAUCCGAAAAUGGAGCCACUGACCAAGAAUCGACAGUGA